UUUUCGAUCGAUAAAUGUCAGACUCGGCAUCGGCGUCUUUUUAAAAAAAAAAUCUUUCUGGCAUUAUUUUUUUAGUUUAUUUGGCAAUUUCAAUAUAAAACAACUUUACGUUAUCUAGCUUUAAUUUAAUUUAUUAAACUUGUAGUUUUAUUUGAUACAGUGGAAUAAAAUAAAAGACGAAGCUUUAUUAGUGAUUGUGUUUCCGUUAAAGUUACAAACAAAAAAUGGUGAGAGGUGCUGGUCGUGGUGGACGCGGUAUACCCGGAAGAGGCGGCAUGGGGCGUCCGCCCUUCAGCAGACCCCGUGUAUUGAUGCUACGGCCUCCUUUCGACUUAAUCUUGGCUGAACCGGCGUUUCCUCGGUGUAAACCGGCCCCCGAUGACGCUGCGUUGACACAGGCUCUCCUGAAGAGGCAUGCAGAGCUGUGUCCUACCCCCACGGAGCAGUCGGCAGUGCUGAGCAUUGUCACUAAACUGCAGACUGUGCUGGACAACUUGGUAGUCGCGCCUGGAGAUUUUGCUGCCUGCCAACUUGAAGAGGUGCGGCAGGUUGGUUCGUACAAGAAGGGCACAAUGAUGGCGGGCAAGAAUGUAGCAGACAUUGUGGUCAUCAUGAAGACCCUGCCCACCAAGGAGGCUGUGGAGGGGCUCUCCAACAAGGUGAACGAAGAGCUGAACAAGCUGAUGCGAGCCGAGGGGCUGGGCAACGUGAGCAGCACGUGCCACGAGCGCGGGUUCACCGUCACCGCCGCCACCGCCGCUGUGCGCGUGCUCGUCACCACGCUGCACCAGAACCUGAGGAAGCUGGAGCCGGAGGUGCACCUGGACUACAAGGUGAUCAGCAGUCACCUGGCAGCCAUCCGUCACAGCCGUUGGUUCGAGGAGAACGCUCACCACUCCUCCAUCAAGGUGCUGAUCCGUCUGCUGCGCGACAUGUGCGCGCGGCACUCGGGCCUGGAGCCGCUGACGCCGUGGAUGAUCGACCUGCUGGCGCACCACUGCAUCAUGAACAACCCGGCGCGCCAGGCGCUGCCCAUCAACGUGGCCUUCCGGCGCUCGCUGUCGCUGCUGGCGGGCGGGCUGUUCCUGCCGGGCUGCGCGGGGCUGCCCGACCCGUGCGAGGCGGCGCACUCGCGCGCGCACACCGCGCUCGACCUCGCCGCGCAGGACCACGCCGCCGCCACCGCGCAGACGCUGCUGCGCGUGGUGGCGCGCGGCGGGCACCGCUACGUGCUGGGGCUGCAGGCCUUCGAGGGCGGCAAGGACAUCAGCACCGAGAUCACGGUGUGGGACGGCGUGGUGGUGUCGCCGCUCGCGCCCGCCUACCACGACUCGCCCGAGCCCAUGGACACCGAGGACAAAGAUGACGACGGUAUACAAGAUGGCGUCGCGGCCUAGUGAUAAGACUACUUGUAUGAUAUUGACUAUAUUACUUACGGUAAAUCCAAUAAAGAAACUUGGAAUUUAAUAAGACCAAA